AUGCCCCCCCCCUGGCCUAGCCUGAACGCCUCGAGUGCGUUUUACUUCGACAAGGUGCUCCGCAUGCUCAGAGACCACGCCAAGAAGGUCGACAUCCUCCACCAAGCGAGCAACGGUAUCUGCGACCUGUUUGACAAGGCCAUGGUCAUUGCAAAGGGCCAUGUCAUCGACCAUGGCCGGCGCCCCCUUGCCAGCCCUUUCUUGGAGGACACAGGCUUUGAGUACAUGGAGGGUGCCAACACGGCUGAAUACCCUAAUGCCAUCACAGCGAUCGGCGAACGUACCGCCCGGGAGGGCUUUGACGGCCGCGUGCUCAACUUGUCUCUGAGUUUGCCAUCUGCUACGCCAGAGCAAGAUUUAUCAGGACAUGGUGGCCGAAGCCCAAGAGCACAUGGCCAACACAGCCGCCCGCCAGGCCGAGACCGACGCCCAGAAGGAGCUAUCCACACCAAAAAGGCGCCAGGUGACAUCAAGUCCUUCGCGCUGCGCACCUUGCUCUGGGGCCAGAUCUGGGCUGUCACCAUCGAGGAGGUGCAGGGAGCGCUGGGGACAUAA